UAUCCUUGUAGCCUAUUUUAAAAUUAUUUCUGGGAUUAUGCGUUUUUUCUUACUUCAAUACUUGGGAUUAAAAUUUUCAUAAUGGAUUUGUGCAGAACCUGUCUUAAAACUCCGGCCAAUAAGGCUAUGUUAGAGUUGGAAAGGGGUAUAAAUGUUGACAACAAAAACUAUAUCGAAAUCAUGAUGUUUUGUUUAGAUAUUGAGGUAACACAGGACUCAAAAAUUACAACGAAUCUGUGUAAUAUCUGCUACAGAAAAAUCAUUUCGUUUUACAAGUUUAAGGCUCUAUCUUUAAAAAAUGAUGCCUACUUGAAAUCAUUGAACCCAGUUAUAUCGGAAGAGGAUCAAAAACUGUCAGUGUAUGUUGAUGAUGAUGAAAAUGGAAUAAAACAUGAGAAUCCUUUGGAAACUGAUGAAUAUAGUUCUUUCAUAGUUGAAGAGCACACAAUAGAAAUAAAAGUAGAAAUAGAUGUGAAUAAUGAAGUCAAAUUUGGAAAUGAAGAUAUCAAGAAUGAAGAACGAUUAGAAUACAUUCAAAUAGAAGACACAUUGGAAGAUAUAGAGUCGAACAAAGAGCCACUGAGUGUGGUUAAAAAAAUAAAAAAUGAAAAGACCAAAAUAUGUAAAAAACAUGGUCGUCCACCUAAAUCUAAACCAGAGUACCAAAUGUGCGGGGAAUGUGGCAAACCGGUCCGUAACCUCAAGCGUCACUCGGCCCUCCACAAGCCUAAAGAUGAGCGGAAGAUGUUUCCAUGCAAGGUGCCAGGCUGCCCUAAGCUCUUAUUCACCAGGAGGGGUCGGAGAUAUCACUACAAAAUUAUACAUUUAGGUUUAAAGUCUAAAUGUGAAAUCUGUAAUAAAGGUAAGUGUAGAGUUAAGUAUGGGUUGACUGUUUGUUCCAGACGGCAGGUCCAUGAGAAAGAGAGAAACGUCAAAUGUCAAUUUUGUUCAAAGGGUUUCUUCAGUAAAUCUGCACUUCAUGAACAUUUAAGGACACAUACAGCGGAGCGCCCAUACAAGUGCGAAGACUGCGGCAAAGCGUUCACCGGGAACUCCGCGUUGAAGAGCCAUCGCUUUAUCCACUCGGACGAGAAGUUCAACUGUGAACUGUGCGACAAGAGCUUCAUUAAACCCGGGAACUUGAAGACCCACAUGAUCAUUCACACGAAGGAGAAGCGCUACCCGUGCGCGUUCUGCGGCGUGCGCUUCGGCCGCUCCGACCACCGCCGCCGCCACGAGUUCACCGCGCACAAGAAACAACGCACACCCAACCUAUUAUACUCUUUGAUAGUGAAUUUUGUAAAAUUUAUUUGUUGGUUGAUUGUUUUUAUAAUAAAUUGUCGAACGUCGUUAAGUCUUUUGUGGAACACACAUUUCAUCAUAAUGGAUUUGUGCAGAACUUGCCUCGAAACUCCAGCCAAUAAGAAUAUUUCGGAGCUGGAAAAGGACAUACAUGAGGACAACAAAAACUACUACGACAUCAUGGUGUUUUGUUUAAAUAUUAAGGUUGUACAAGACUCCAAAAUAACGACGAAUCUUUGUGACAACUGUUUUGGAAAAAUCAUAUCUUUUUACAAAUUUAAGGCUCUGUCUUUGAAAAAUGAUGCAUAUUUGAAAUCUCUGCACCCAACUUCAUCUCUAGAGGACCAAAAACCAAUACAUGGUGAUGGAGAAGGAAUUCAAGAACACAAGAUUAUCUUGGAAAGAGAUGACUAUAGUCCGAGUUUAGUUGAAAAUUGCAUUAAAAUAGAAAUGCAAGUUGGGGAUGAAAACAUGUUAGAAGAUGUAGAAAGUGCAACUGAGGAUGAAGACUCAUCAGAUAUUACAGAUGAUAGUGAUGAUGAUUCAUCGGAAGAUGAAUUUUCUGAUGAAGAACCAAGUGCGGUGGAAAAGGUUAAAUAUAAAAAUGUCUGGGAUAGGUUUAAAAAAAAAGCACCAAAAUGUAAAAAACGUAGCAGUCCCAAGAAAAAGCCAACCGGUAACAAAGACGUGAUACAAGGGCGGCAGAUAUGCGAAGACUGUGGCAUGUCGGUGCUGGACCUGAAGGCACACUUGCUUACCCACCAGCCUAAAGACAAGAGGCAGAUGCUGCAGUGCAAGGCUUGUCCGAAGAUGUUCAUUACCAGAGGGGGGCGGCGGAGGCAUUACAAGAUCAGGCAUUUGGGUGUUAAGGCCAAGUGUGAUAUUUGUGAUAAAGAGGUAGUCCACCUGUCAGUGCACAAGCUCCAAGUCCACAACCCAUCCGCCUUGCCGUUCGGGUGCGCCACGUGCGAGCGCCGCUUCGUGUGCAAGCCCGCGCUAGACCAACACAUGACCAGCCACACGCAGCAGGCCGCGUUCGACUGCGAGAUUUGCCACAAGAAGUUCCGCGCGAAAGGUCAUCUCUCUACACACAUUCGGCAAGUCCAUGAAAAAGAAAGGAAGCAUCACUGUGAACUUUGCUCUAAGUCUUUCUUCUGCAAAAGUACACUUCAAGAACAUUUACGGACGCACGGCAACGAGCGAGUGUACCAAUGCACGGAGUGCGGCGUGUCGUUCAUGACCAAGAACUCCCUCCGGAAACACCGCCUCGUGCACAGCGACGUCAAGAGGUUCAAGUGUGAGUUCUGCGACAUGAGCUUCAAGUUGAACGGUUACCUCAAACUACAUAUGAUCACGCACACAAAAGAGAAGCGUUACUCGUGUCAGUACUGCGGCAAGCGCUUCGGGCGCCCCGACUCCUGCCGGAGACACGAGUCCGGCCACCAGAAACAACCUGCAGCCGACUGAACACUA